AAUUGACAUCUGCCCACCUUUAGCUAGCGGGUCUCAAAAGAGAGUCAAUGCGCGGAAAGGAAACAGGGAAGCGAGGGCUUGGAAAUUGCUUCUCAUCAUCGCGAGCGCCGGUUUCUGCGAAGUAUCAUUCAGGCGUUACUAUAUAGACAUCCAAAGUGUUUUGAUUCAAAGAAAGAAAUUAGUUCAUUCAACCGAAAUUUGAUUCAUCUCGGAAUAGAAAAGAAGGAAAGAAAAAACAUCUUUCAAGAUCUGCAAGUUGGGUUUAUUUGGUUUUGUUAAUUAAGAGCGAGGGAACAGAAAAAGAAAUCAACCAUGGGAGAAAGGGCACAAUUAAUUGAAGGAGCUGAUCUAGCAGCGGUGUUUCAGAGGUUGUUGAAAAAGAUAAGGCAAAUGAUCGACGAUGCACACAAGAAUAAGAACAGACUCCAAAUAUUCAGAUCAACGCUGAAGGAUUUCACGCCGUUGGUGGAAGAUAUCAAAAGAUUUAACGAUGGCCUGGAUCGCCCCACGAAAGAAAUAGAAGAGCUGAUUCAGGAAAGGGAAGCGGGGGACAGGCACAGUUCAACUGUCAAGUGCUUUUCUUCUUUUAAUUCGACGUUAGAAAAUGAUGGGGUGAAGGAUGUGAAGGAGACUCUGAACGAGGUCAGACAAGUUCUCCAAGUGAUGAGCGAGAAAGAGAAUUCUGGGCACGGAAUUAAAUGCUUGCCUCCGCAAAAACCAGAACCCGUUAUUGGCAUGGACGAGUCCUUCUGGAGUCUGAAAAUGGAGCUUCUCAAGGAUGGCACAUCCAUCGUUGGAUUGACGGGUCUAGCAGGAUCCGGAAAAACCACCUUGGCAACCAAGCUCUGUGGGGAUAAUGAAGUCAAAGGUAAAUUCAGAGACCAUAUCUUGUUUGUGACCUUCUCAAAAACACCCAACUUUAAGGUCAUUGUGGAGGCGCUACUUCAAACCUGUGGAAGUCGGGUUCCUAAGGUUCAUAGCGACGAAGAAGCAGUUAAAGAGUUGCGGCUUCUUUUUAGCAAAAUAGCAGAAAGACCAAUAUUGUUGGUGUUGGAUGACGUUUGGCCUGGCUCAGAAUCCCUUGUCCAGAACUUCAAGUUCCAGAUUCCCGAUUAUAAGAUUUUAAUCACUUCAAGAGUUGCAAUUCCAACUGUUAAUCUUCAAAUCCACUUGGGACCACUUCGUGAUGAAGACGCACUAACCCUUUUCCGUCACUUUGCUCUCGUAAAAGACAAUAGCUCAUUCAUUCCCGACGAAAAUCUUGUCCAAGAGGUUGUGAAAAGUUGUAAAGGUCUACCUUUGGCCAUUAAAGUAAUCGCUGGAUCACUGUGUCGGCAACCGUACGAUACGUGGCAAAAGAUGGUAAAGGAAUUGUCGCAAGGUCAUUCUAUUCUUGAUUCUGAUACAAGUUUGCUUAACAUCCUCCAAGGAAGCCUGAAUGUUUGGGAAGAUGAGCCCAUCAUCACGGAGUGCUUCAUGGACCUAGGGUUGUUUCCGGAAGACCAAAAAAUUCCCGUCGCGGCUCUCAUUGAUAUGUGGGCAGAACUUCAUAAACUAGAUGAUGACGGCAAAAAAGCAAUGACCAUAAUCAAUAAAUUAGUCUCCCUGAAUCUGGCAAAUCUCCUUGUUACAAGGAAAGUUGAAAGUGAUUCAGACAAUUACUACAGCAACUACUUCAUCGUACAGCAUGACCUUCUAAGAGAGCUUGCAAUUCAUCAAAGCAACCAAGAACCAUUUGAACGGAGAAGAAGAUUGAUGAUUGACGUAAAUGAAAAAAGUCGCCAAUGGUAUCUGGAAGAGCAGCAGCAAAGCAUUAUUUUCCGCCUGUUGUCAAUAUUCCUUAAAUGGUGCGCUAAACAAACGCAGCAACCUGCCAUUGCACGCGCAUUGUCUGUAUCAACUGAUGAAACAUCCACUUCAGAUUGGGGCAGCUCGCAAUUAAUGGAAAUUGUGGUUCUAUUAUUGAACGUUCGUACGAAGCAGUAUUCCUUACCGAAGUUCACUGCGAAAAUGAGUAGCCUAAAGGUUCUGACAUGCACUAAUUAUGGUUUCCACACUUCUGAAUUGGAAAACUUUGAGAUACUGGGUUCUUUAUCUAACCUGAAAAGAGUAAGACUGGAGAAGGUUUCUGUUCCUCCCCUUGGCACCUUGAAGAGCCUGCAAAAAUUAUCCCUUUAUAUGUGUGAUACAAGUCAAGCUUUUGGAAGCUCUAAGAUACCAAUUUAUGAUUCAUUGCCAAUGCUAGCAGAAUUGAACAUCGACUAUUGCAAAGAUAUGGUAGAACUGCCUUCUGGUCUCUGUGAUAUUAAAACCCUUAAGAAGCUAAGUGUUUCUAACUGCCAUAAGUUUUCUACUUUGCCACAAGAAAUUGGAAGGCUGGAGAAUUUGGAAGUGCUGAGGCUGAAUUCCUGUACUGAUUUAGGAGCUAUACCAGAUUCAAUUGGUGGGCUUUCCAAGUUAAGCAUUCUUGACAUCUCAAACUGCAUAAGCCUAAGAAAUUUACCAGAGGGCAUUGGUAGCUUACGAAGUAUAGAAAAGUUGCACAUGACAGGUUGCUCAAGGUGUGAAUUGCCCGACUCAGUCAUGAAACUCGAGCAUUUAAAAAGUGUAACAUGUGAUGAGGAGACGGCUGUUUCAUGGGAGGUUUUCAGACCAAUGCUUACCAAUCUAAGGAUCGAAGUGCCACAUGUAGAUGUUAACUUAAAUUGGCUUCUUGGGUCUGGCUCAAUCUAAUCUAUGGCUUCACCGGAAAGAAAAGCAGCAUGAUGGUGCUGCUGGUGCAAUGCAGCGGAAUUUAAGUAAUUGAAGAAGCAUCCCAGCAGAUGGUCACUGGAAUUGCGAUUAAAACUACUCAGGAUCGGGAUGAGAACAAAAUUCCUACCCAAAAUCCCAAAUUGUCUUUGGUUAUGGUGGUCGGAACGAACACCCGGUUGGUGGCCGUGACAAAGCACGAUCUUUAUCCUCUGAUCAAUUCAAAUUUCCACAGCCGGCGUUCCAACUGUAGCACCUUGUUGCUGCUUUUCCUCUGAUGAGGAUAUACCGAACACGUUCUCCCUCCGUUAAUUUUCUACAAAUUUGGGGAGAGAGAAAGGGAAAGAAAGAGGCUUUCUUUCUGUCCCCAAAUUUGCUGCAAGUUGAGGGAGGGUGAAAUGUUCGAUGCAUGUCAGACACUUCGAAUGAAACAUUCACUCCGGAUUCAAACAAAUCAUGUACUCUGUAUAUUGGUUGGUUUUAUGUAUCCUAAGACUUCUUUUUUUUUUGUUAUUAAAAAUUUGAGAUAUUACGAACUUUA